GGGCACGGGUGCAGUUGUCCUCUGGGAGACUGGGCCCAUCCCCCUCCCACCAGAACCAGUGACUCUCAGGAAGGCGGUAGCUGCCAGGUCCCCUGAAGGGGGCAGCAGGAGCCAGAGGCCUCAACUGGCCACUUGACCCAGGAGGCAGGCAGGGUGCUCAGAGUCUGCGACUGGUGGACAGGGCAGCCACCUCAUGGCCUGGGCCCGGGUCUGCGCCAGCUGUUGCCAGCAGCUGGCUGAAGCAGUCCUGCCCACCCCCAGUGGGGUUGGAGCUGAGGAGAGGACCCCCUUGCUGCGCCCUGCCCCUGCCAGCCAGUCCCCUAGGCCUUCGGUCUCGGGGGGUUCAGGUACUCCAAAUGCUGGCUUCUCCUGCUCCCCUAAUGGCUUCACCAGCAGUGAAUGCCUCUCUGGGGGGUGUAGGGAAGUGGAGCUGAGUGCAGAUAGCAACUCCCCCUGGGGUCCUGGAGUCACUGGGGCCUCCUGGCCCACAGCCGUCCUUCUGGCCGACCUUGAGCAGGGUGCGAGGCAGGGGGAGUGUGCCCUUCCCAGGGCCGCCCCAGCAGGCCUGGCCCUGCUGAAAUCUGAAGCCAGCCGGAGCUCCAGCCCUGGGCCGACCAGCUGCAUGAGGGCAAGAGCAGUGGCAGAGGCUGGAAAGAGGCACACAGGCAGUGCCAGGCCUGAGCUAGAGAGCUGGCCGCCCUGCUGUCAUGGCAGUCCUGAGACUCGAGAGCCAAGGAGAGGGCAGCCACCGACCACACCAGAGCCACCAUCAGUCAUGCUGUUGAAUGGGAACUGCCCAGAGAGCCUGAAGAAGGAGGAGGGGGCGGUCGAACUGCCCAGGGAAAAUGGGCUGGAUGAGGCUGAGGGGGGAGAUGAGACCACUGGACAGGAAGUCAUUGUCAUUCAGGACACAGGCUUUUCUGUGAAGAUCCUGGCCCCUGGGAUUGAGCCCUUCUCUCUGCAGGUGUCCCCCCAGGAGAUGGUACAGGAGAUCCACCAAGUGCUCAUGGACCGUGAAGACACGUGUCAUCGCACCUGUUUCUCGCUGCACCUGGAUGGCAACAUGCUGGACCACUUCUCAGAGCUGCGUAGCGUCGAGGGGCUGCAGGAGGGCUCGGUGCUCCGCGUGGUAGAAGAGCCAUACACGGUUCGUGAAGCCCGCAUCCACGUGCGCCAUGUCCGAGACCUACUCAAGAGCCUGGACCCAUCUGAUGCCUUCAAUGGGGUUGACUGCAACUCCUUGUCCUUCCUGAGCGUCUUCACUGACGGCGACCUGGGAGACAGUGGGAAGCGGAAGAAGGGCUUGGAGAUGGACCCCAUCGACUGCACGCCACCUGAGUACAUCCUGCCAGGGAGCCGGGAGCGGCCAUUGUGUCCCCUACAGCCCCAGAACCAUGACUGGAAGCCCCUGCAGUGCCUGAAAGUGCUCACCAUGAGCGGCUGGAACCCACCCCCGGGGAACCGCAAGAUGCAUGGGGACCUCAUGUACCUGUUUGUGAUUACGGCCGAGGACCGCCAAGUCAGCAUCACCGCGUCCACGCGGGGCUUUUACCUGAACCAGUCCACAGCCUAUCACUUCAACCCCAAACCUGCCAGCCCUCGCUUCCUCAGCCAUUCCCUAGUGGAGCUGCUCAACCAGAUCAGCCCAACUUUCAAGAAGAACUUUGCUGUGCUGCAGAAGAAAAGGGUCCAGCGCCACCCGUUCGAGAGGAUCGCCACCCCGUUCCAGGUAUAUAGCUGGACGGCGCCCCAGGCAGAGCACGCCAUGGACUGCGUGCGCGCAGAGGAUGCCUACACCUCGAGGCUGGGCUACGAGGAGCACAUUCCUGGACAGACCCGGGACUGGAACGAGGAGCUUCAGACUACGAGGGAACUGCCCCGCAAGAAUCUGCCUGAGCGGCUGCUUCGAGAAAGAGCCAUAUUCAAGGUGCACAGUGACUUCACGGCAGCAGCCACGCGGGGUGCCAUGGCAGUCAUUGACGGCAACGUGAUGGCCAUCAACCCCAGUGAAGAGACCAAGAUGCAGAUGUUCAUCUGGAACAAUAUCUUCUUCAGCCUUGGCUUUGAUGUCCGCGACCACUACAAGGACUUCGGUGGAGAUGUAGCAGCCUAUGUGGCACCUACCAAUGACCUGAACGGCGUGCGCACGUACAACGCGGUGGACGUGGAGGGGCUGUACACGCUGGGCACGGUGGUGGUGGAUUACCGUGGCUACCGUGUCACAGCCCAGUCCAUCAUUCCUGGCAUCCUGGAGCGGGACCAGGAGCAGAGCGUCAUCUAUGGCUCCAUUGACUUUGGCAAGACUGUGGUGUCACACCCGCGGUACCUAGAGCUGCUGGAGCGCACAAGCCGGCCCCUCAAGAUCCUGCGACACCGGGUGCUCAACGACCGUGAUGAGGAGGUGGAGCUGUGCUCCUCGGUUGAGUGCAAGGGCAUCAUUGGCAAUGACGGGCGUCACUACAUCCUCGACCUGCUGCGCACCUUCCCCCCGGACCUCAACUUCCUGCCUGUGCCCGGCGAGGAGCUGCCUGAGGAGUGCACCCGGGCCGGCUUCCCCCGCACCCACAGGCACAAGCUGUGCUGCCUGCGUCAGGAGCUGGUAGAUGCCUUCGUAGAGCACAGGUACCUCCUGUUCAUGAAGCUGGCUGCCCUGCAGCUGAUGCAGCAGAAAGCCAGCAAGAUGGAGACCCCCACCUCAUUGGAAAAUGGCCGUCCUCCCUCCCCAGACUCCAAGUCUGGAGACCCCCAGCAGCCUGAGACAGGAAGUGAGGAGGAGGGCAACAGUGCUAGCGGCCUGGCCAAGGUGAAGGAGCUGGCAGAGACCGUCGCCUCAGACGACAGCACAGCAGACCCUCGGAGCCGGGAGGUGAUCUGCAAUGCGUGCAAGGCAGUGGGCUCCAUCAGCAGCACGGCCUUUGACAUCCGCUUCAACCCUGACAUCUUCUCACCAGGGGUUCGCUUCCCUGAGUCCUGCCAGGACGAAGUUCGGGACCAGAAGCAGCUGCUGAAAGAUGCAGCUGCCUUCCUGCUUUCCUGCCAGAUCCCCGGUUUGGUGAAGGACUGCACAGACCAUGCGGUGCUGCCCAUGGACGGAGCCACGCUGGCUGAGGUCAUGCGCCAGCGUGGCAUCAACAUGCGCUACCUGGGCAAGGUGCUGGACCUGGUGCUCCAAAGCCCGGCCCGCGACCAGCUGGACCACAUCUACAAAAUUGGCAUUGGAGAACUAAUCACCCGCUCUGCCAAGCACAUCUUUAAGACAUACUUACAGGGAGUCGAGCUCUCAGGCCUCUCAGCCGCCAUCAGCCACUUUCUGAACUGCUUCCUGAGCUCCUAUCCCAACCCUGUGGCCCACCUGCCCGCCGAUGAGCUGGUCUCCAAGAAGAGGAACAAGAGGAGGAAAAACCGGCCCCCAGGGACUGCGGAUAACACAGCCUGGGCUGUCAUGACGCCCCAGGAGCUCUGGAAAAACAUCUGCCAGGAGGCCAAGAACUACUUUGAUUUCAACCUCGACUGUGAGACUGUGGACCAGGCUGUGGAGACCUACGGCCUACAGAAGAUAACACUGCUGCGGGAGAUCUCCCUGAAAACUGGGAUCCAGAUCCUGCUGAAGGAGUACAGCUUCGACAGCCGCCACAAGCCCGCGUUCACUGAGGAGGACGUGCUCAACAUCUUCCCCGUGGUCAAGCAUGUCAACCCGAAAGCUUCGGAUGCCUUCCACUUCUUCCAGAGUGGGCAGGCCAAAGUACAGCAGGGCUUCCUGAAGGAGGGCUGCGAGCUCAUCAACGAGGCCCUGAACCUCUUUAACAACGUGUACGGAGCCAUGCACGUGGAGAUCUGCGCCUGCUUGCGCCUCCUUGCCCGUCUCCACUACAUUAUGGGCGACUACGCCGAGGCCCUGAGUAACCAACAGAAGGCAGUGCUGAUGAGCGAGCGAGUGAUGGGCAUUGAGCACCCCAAUACUAUCCAGGAAUAUAUGCACCUGGCCCUGUACUGCUUUGCCAGCAGCCAGCUGUCCACAGCCCUGAGCCUGCUGUACCGUGCCCGCUACCUCAUGCUGCUUGUGUUUGGGGAAGACCACCCCGAGAUGGCACUGCUGGACAACAACAUCGGGCUGGUGCUGCAUGGAGUGAUGGAGUACGACCUGUCGCUGCGUUUCCUGGAGAACGCGCUGGCCGUCAGCACCAAGUACCACGGGCCCAAGGCCCUCAAGGUGGCCCUCAGCCACCACCUUGUCGCCCGGGUCUACGAGAGCAAAGCAGAGUUCCGCUCAGCACUGCAGCACGAGAAGGAGGGCUACACCAUCUAUAAGACCCAGCUGGGUGAAGACCACGAGAAGACCAAGGAGAGCUCUGAGUACCUCAAGUGCCUGACCCAGCAGGCUGUGGCCCUGCAGCGCACCAUGAACGAGAUCUACCGCAAUGGCUCCAGCGCCAACAUCCCGCCCCUCAAGUUCACAGCCCCCAGCAUGGCCAGUGUCUUGGAACAGCUCAACGUCAUCAACGGCAUCCUAUUCAUUCCUCUCAGCCAAAAAGACUUGGAGAAUCUGAAAGCUGAGGUGGCGCGGCGACAACAGCUCCAGGAGGCCAGCAAAAACAGGGAUAAGUCUGAGGAGCCCAUGGCCACUGAGCCUGAGCCAGCGGCGGCCCCAGAUGACAUGGGCUCCCAGCCCCCGGCUACCAAGGACCCUUCUUCCCCGAGCUUGCAGGAGUAGACAGGGAGAGACAGUACAGUCAGCGGCCCCAUUACCCAAUGAUCCAGACUCCAGGAGAAGGGGACGCCCCCUGUAGAACAGGAGAGGAAGCAAGUCCCUCUUCUUCCAUGUUCCAACCCCAUCCCUAAUCCCAGCAUCCUCCUGGGACCCCAGCCUGGCCUGCCUGCCCCCUAAAAGAUGUUUUUGCACUGGUUCAAUGAAUAUACGAUGCAGAGGCCUAAUUGAAGACACAUGAAUGGAGUGUGUGGGCAUCAGUUCCCAGCUGGGGGGCUGGUGCCCCUCAGGCCCCCCCAUCUUCGAGCAGGUGUGUACGAGUGUAUCCAUGCCCGUGUCUUGAUCCGUCCUUCCUAAUUUGUACAUAGCCCCGAGUCAGUUCCGAGUGGAUGAUGUACAGAUGAAAUUUCUCAGGUCAUUUGUAUGUUUGACAUUAUGGCUGCUGCUUUUGCUGCCACUACCCCCGGGCCUAACCUGGCUUAAGUCCAGGUUUUAAGCCAAAAAAGACAGAGGUCUUUCCUGUGUCCUGGGAUGGGGAGCCAGAGCUCUGUGGCAAGACUGGAGGAUUGGGGUGCACUUUAGUUUUGUGGCAAGAUGACAACUGCAGCAGCUUUACUAAUUGUGAUUGAGCCUGGCCUGGCUGUAGCUCCUGGGUGAGGGGAAGGGGUGUCCAUGGCUAUCUUCCAGACAUGUUUGGGCUCAGCCCCAGCCUGUCUGCCUUUGGGCCCAGCAGGAGGCACUGCCACAGGCUCUGACUUGCCUCCCUACUCCCUGCACCCCAGAUGGGUAUAACCUUGGGGCCUACAGUCUGAAUGUAUCCUUCUCCCCAUUUUAACCUUAGCUGCCUAACGCACAGUGGGGAUGGGUGGGUGAGGGGCUGGGGGAACCAGGGCUGAAUCAUGGAUCCUGGGGAAAAGUUACCAGAUAACAGGAGUGAUUGUCACCUCUCUGUGGAGCCCCGCUCUCUACCUGGUUCUUGCCACAAGCAGCUUUUACAGAGAGUAGCUCUGGGUGAGGCCAGGUGGGUCUCCACAGGCCCCAGCUGCUUCCUCUCCCCGCCUGCCUGUGCUGCUUCUCUGUGCCUGCUGUUGGAGGCCUGACGAGGAGGAGAUUGCCACCCUGGGAGACCGAGGGAGCUGUGUCCAGGCUGGGGCCUCUGCCUGGGGCUUUGCAGAGAGCUGCUUAUGGGUAUGGUCUGUCCAAACACCUUGUUUCAAAGGGAGUGGGCCUAAACUAGCAAGCAAAGCAUCCCCACAGCUGAUCAAGAACUUUUUCUUGUUUUUAAACCAUCACGUCUUCAUUUCACAUUGGAAUAAAGUGAGUUUUUGAAACCUA